UACUACAACUACAUUCUCUGCUCUGUUCUACUCGCAUUUCUCUCUCUAGUUGUCAGGUUGCUUUCCCUUGUAAUACUCUUCUCUUCUCUCAUUCCCCUCCUUCUCUCACAAGCCUUGCAGGAGAUAACCUCCUUCACAAGAGGAGCUCGCAAUGCAGACGAGAACGGUUAAAGUGGAGCAGGUAUCAGAUCUAGCAAGUGAGAGAGAGAUUCACGAGUUUUUCUCUUUCUCUGGUGAAAUCGAGCACAUUGAGAUCCUACGUGAAAAUGGGCAAUCAAAAACAGCAUUCGUUACAUUCAAAGAUCCUAAAGCACUUGAAAUUGCUUUGCUGUUAUCGGGAGCAACUAUUGUUGACCAGAUAGUGAGUAUAACUCCUGCAGAAAAUUAUGUGCCAAAUCAUGAGCUACAGGAAGUAAGAAGGAUGGACACUGUUGUAUCUGCUGUUCCUGCCGAAAGUUUUCCAUCGAAUGUUGAGCAGGCUCAAACUAGCCCCCCUAGCAAUGGAAAAAUGUAUGUCAGUAGAGCGCAAGAAGUGGUUUCAAGUAUGCUGGCAAAAGGUUCAGCUUUUCGCCAAGAUGCAGUAAAUAAGGCCAAGGCAUUUGAUGAAAAACAUCGCUUGACUGCUAGUGCAUCUGCCAAGGUAAUUUCUUUUGAUCAGAGAGUUGGGCUUACAGAGAAAUUGACAGUUGGCAUUUCGGCGGUCAAUGAGAAAGUGAAAUCUGUGGACCAAAGACUUCAUGUUUCAGAUAAAACCAUGGCAGCAAUAUUUGCGGCAGAGAGGAAGAUAAAUGACACAGGGUCAGCUGUCAAAUCAAGCAGAUAUGUAAUGGCUGGAACAGCUUGGCUAAAUGGUGCCUUUAGUAAAGUGGCAAGGGCGGGUCAGGUUGCUGGUACAAAAACCAGGGAGAAGUUCAAUUUGGCUGUUUCAAACUUGACUGCGAAGGAAUCUCCAAUUGCUGUGUAAGCAAGAAAUUGAUGUCACUAUAAGCUGAUUCUUGAGAUCUUGUGAUAAAUGCAUUGGACGUUGGACUGGACCCCUACCUGGCUCCAAUCAUUUAGUUCAGGGAAUAGAAUGUAGAGAUUGGAGAUGCAGGCUCGCUAACAGAGGAGAAAAAAUUUGUGCAGUGUUCGCCUUAUAUGCGUAUUCAUCUUUGGCUUGAUGCGUGUGAAUUAUCAUGAAACCCAAUAUUGCUCUAUUUUUCAAUAUUCUUUGAUUCCUAGGGUAAUAUGCCUAUGGCUUCCUUGUAAUUUUGUUGUUUGCAACAUGUUUUCAAAUCCUAAAAAAAAUUAAAUUCACAUUGCCAUAGAAUGCCACCGUUUCUGAGCA